CAUUUCGACCCAGUCCCUCCAUGCUCAGCGUGUCCUUUGCCCUCUGCUGCUCAGCUGACACGCGAUUUAUUAUGCCGUUGGGUGUGAGAGCGGGCCUGUGCGUAAUCCAACGAACACUCACAACCAGAAUCAAGCAUUUCUCUUUCGUGACACAUCGCAGCAUGUCUUCGUUACAUGGAACUCAUUCUAAAAUCCCCGCCAGCCUACUUGGCACGAUGGCGUUUGGGUUGCGUGCAGAUGCGGAGAAGAGCACGGCUAUGGUACGCGCUUAUUUAGAGCGCGGCCACAAUGAACUGGAUUCAGCCUUUAUGUAUGCAGAUGGGCGGUCAGAGACAAUCAUUGGCGCUAUGGGACUUCCUAAGACAGUGAGGCUCUCCACAAAGGCGAACCCCUGGGAAGGGAAGACCCUGAAACCUGAGAGCGUACGAUCCCAGCUCGACACCUCUCUGCAGAGGCUACAGACCCAGUGUGUGGACCUCUUCUAUCUUCAUGCACCUGACCACAACACCCCCAUUCAGGAAACCCUGAAGGCCUGCAAUGACCUGUACAAGGAGGGCAAAUACAAGGAGCUGGGCUUGUCUAACUAUGCCUCAUGGGAAGUGGCAGAGAUCUACUGCAUCUGUAAGCACAACGGAUGGGUGCUUCCCAAGGUUUAUCAGGGCAUGUACAAUGCCACCACACGGCAAGUGGAGACCGAACUGCUGCCCUGCCUGAGAUACUAUGGCAUUCGUUUCUAUGCCUACAACCCCCUGGCAGGGGGUCUCCUCACAGGGAAGUACCAAUACCAGGACCAGGAAAUCCAGCCCGAGGGGCGCUUUUUUGGGAACAGUUGGGCCAAUGCCUACCGGGACAGGUACUGGAAGAAGAGUCACUUCCAGGGAAUAGAUUUGGUGAACAAGGCUCUGGAGGCAGCAUAUGGGGCACAGAAGCCCAGUAUGACCUCUGCUGCCAUGCGCUGGAUGUACCACCACUCCAAGCUCCAGGGGGAGCUUGGUGAUGGUGUCAUCAUUGGCAUGUCCUCCAUGGAGCAGCUGGAGCAGAACCUGUCUGCCACUGAGGAGGGCCCCUUAGAUCCAAGUGUGGUACAGGCCUUCAAAGAGGCCUGGGACCUGGUAGCCCAUGAAUGCCCCAACUACUUCCGCUAGAAGCAGUCUGCCAAGCAGACAACGCCCUCCCAUUUUCACAGUCAGUGAAGGGCAAGAGUGGUAAAAGAUAACCAAAAAGGUUAAUAAUCCACCGGAUAGGCUACUUGUGAUUCCAUGGAUCCUUAUUAAGUCUUUAAUUGACUUAAAUAGAAAUUUCGAAAUUUACGGCCUUUUGAAAUAAAUGUAUAUUACAUUUCAUAUAGUUGGUGUGACUGGAAGAACAGCAAUUCUGCAGCAACCCUGCAAGCGUGGCAGACCAGUCUGGAGGUCAUGUGGCAGGAGUGAUGGUUGUGUCUUUGUAACAUUGCCUAUAUAAAACAAAAGAUUGAAGAGGUGCUUGGCUUGGGGAGGAGGUUAUAGGAAGAAGUUGGAUGGGGCUGCUCAACAAGGGUAGCAAAGGUGUGUCCUGCCUCCUGGAACAUUGACAUUUUUAAUGUGGUCACCCUGUUCUUAUUGCUUUGUUUCUGAAGAACAUGGUGUGUGCAUCGUUGCUCCUUUUGCCUUUUUAUUUUCCAAAUAAACAGGAAAAGAAAAUUACAUUAAACUAUAAUGAUUAUUGUCCUUUUAGUUUCCUUUAACAAUUUCAGGAACCUAAAAAUUUACCAGCACAUAUUCAGUUGAGACAAUUCUUCAAUACUGAAUUCCAACAUGACACUGCAUAUUUUUACAAUCCACUAUUCAUAUACUUUUGCUUUGAAUUAUUUAAUUAAUCAUAUAUUGAUCUGGCAUUUGUACAAGCACAAGCUACAGCUGCAGACUGCAAGUAUAUCCUGGAGAUCUUACUGUGCUCAAGUAGGCUACAUCAGUGAACCUGCAUAGUUUAUAGUCAGAAAACGAAAACGAAGGAAAUUGACACAAAAAAUUUAUACAAAAACCAGAACGCAGACUUCCCUCCAGGAGCGGAGUUAUGCAACCCUGACAACCGGAGUUACGUAAUGUUGCUAUCAGCAUAGGCUACCGGUAAUUCAGACACUGGCUGCCACCGAUACAAUAUCAACUUGGCUAAAUGCAGUAACUGAAAUGUAUGAUAAAGACUCGUAGUUUUAUAUCACCUAGUUACAUUUUUAUGAUGGCUAGUGCCGAUAUAAUAUCAACUUGGAAUCGCAAGAGUUUUAUAUCGAAUAUCGUAGUUACAUAUAAACUAAGCCGUUUGCUGUUGAUUUCUAUUCUACAGACAAGGGUGAAUGCAGUGAAUAUACUUGUCAGGUCAGAGCUAAUGUUGCGAAUUAGAUUCCUAAUAUGUAUUGUGCUGUAUGUACUAGCAUUAAUAAACUUUGGGCGAAAAA